AGUUUCGGAAGGGAGUAAGAGAAACAGCAACAUUUCGAGUUCACAUCAGAGGACAACUUCGGAAAAAUGAGAGGUUAUGCUGUGGGCGUGUAGGUUGUUAAGUGGAAUCCUCUCUAUAUAGGGCUUUAUUUAUUUAUUGUUUUCAUUUUAGUAAUACUCGCUUUAUACAAUUUGCGGUAGCGAAAGAACCAAACUGUAUCCUGACAUUCAAAAGGCGCAAAACAAAGAAACUAAAAGAAGAAUAUAAAACAGCAGCAACUGCCGCCACCUGGCGGAAGAUUAGUUUUACUGUCCUAUUUGGGUUCGAACGCUUUAUUUACGGUACUAUAGUAACGGGGAAAGCGUCCUUUCGUAAACGUGCAAUGUAUGCCGGUCCUCAGUUGUCCUGGUGAUAAGAGACUGUAGUGUUCAGAAGUUUCUUUUAGCAUUGAGUGAAUAAACAGUAAGGUUUUGCAGUGAGUGAAGAUAUGCAGCCUUUUGGUAAGGUCUCUGAUGAGAGUGAUGCUGUAACUGAAGAGGGGAAUAGUUGGCCAGAGUCUGAAGAGAUGAUGAGCACUAAUGAAAAUAAAGAACAGCAGGAGCAUGUCGAUAAAUCAGCUGAACUGACAGCUAACGAAAACUCUGCUUCUGGUGAUGAUAGUGGGUCGGAAGACAAUGCAAGGAUACUUACAAAUGCAGUAUUAAAACAGCAGGAAGAGAUAAUAGGCUGUGGUGAUCAAAAACGUAGUAUUCAGCCAUCAAAACAGAAUGAGGAAAAGAACCAUCGCCCUAGAAUGACUAAACAGUUUCUGCGGAAUCUCUGCAAACAGCACAAGCUUUAUUUGACUCCGUACCUGAAUGAUACGCUUUACUUGCACUACAAAGGAUUUUCAACUAUUGAGAACCUUGAGGAGUACACAGGGUUGAAGUGCUUAUGGCUGGAGUGUAAUGGCCUUCAGAAAAUUGAGAACUUGAAUUCUUUAGUUGAUAUGCGCUGCCUUUUCUUGCAGCAAAACCUUUUACACAAGAUCGAGAACUUGGAUGCACUUCAAAAGCUGGACUCUCUGAACCUUAGCAACAACUACAUAAAAACAAUAGAAAACCUCUCCUGUUUACCUAGUCUGAGCACCUUGCAAAUGGCUCACAACUGGUUGGAGAUGAUGGAUGAUAUUGAGCAUCUGAAAUAUUGUCCAAGUAUCAGCGUUCUUGAUCUGUCCCAUAACAAGAUAUAUGAUCCUGACAUUCUCAAAGUCUUGGAGAACAUGCCUAAUCUGCGUGUUCUGAAUUUAAUGGGAAAUGAAGUUAUCAAAAAAAUUGCGAAUUACAGGAAGACUGUCAUUUUCCGUCUGAAGCAGCUAACCUACUUGGAUGACAGACCAGUCUUUCCAAAGGAAAGAGCAUGCACUGAGGCUUGGACAAAGGGUGGCAUUGAAGCUGAAAGAGAAGAAAGAGAAAAAUGGGAAACAAAAGAAAGAAGGAAAAUUCAGGAUAGCAUUGAUGCACUAGCAGAAAUCAGAAGAAAAGCAGAAGAGAAGAAAUGUCAGAUGGAAUCUGGAGACACAAUCAAUGCAGAGAUUAUGGUGAAUAGAGAUGCCCGUGAUGAGUGUCUAGAGAGACUGAGGGAAGCAAGGGGCAAAAAAUAUCUAGAAGGCACAGUAAAUACUAAUGCAGCAAAAGCAGCGACUUCAGCUGAUUCUGAGCAUACUGAUACUCAGCAGAAAAUUCAGAAAUUUGUUAAUGAAGCCAUGGAAGCACAUGAAGAGUUUCUAAUGGAGACAGACCCACAAGAAGGAUAUAUUUCUGAGGCUGAUAAAGUUGCAAUCAGUGUUACAUGCAGUAGCACAAAUGAAACUAGUUUUCAUGCAGAGAACCUAGUGGAUUCGGCUUACAAAAUUAAAUAUAACAUAAGUCAACCAGAAAUAAAAGAAAAAGAUAAAUCUGAUACCAAAGACAUUUUCUCUUCCUCUUUGCAUACAUCUCAGAAGUCACUAUCCCAUUUUAAAGAAAAUGUCAUGAAAGAAAGAAUAUCAGAAGCAAUCCACAUACUAGGUCCUGGACCACUUGUUACUGAAGUGGAAGAAGUUGAAGCAUCCGAUACAAUUAUACUGAAGAAUGACGAGAAGUUGUGCAUUGAUGACUUGCCAGAUUUGGAAGAUGUAGAUGUUGAUGCUCUGGGUACAGCUAAGGAAAGCCUCUCCAUUAAGCCUGUGCAUCAUCAAUUCAUUGAAGAAAUUUCUUCCAGAACAGUCAGUAGUGAUUCUGACACAAAUGGGAUUUCAUCAUCACUGAAAAAAACAGUGGAUGAAGACAAUUUAGAACACAAUAAUGAAGAGUCAAUUUUUUUCAAAAGACCACCUAACAGCAGAAUAGCAGCCUGUGUGCUUAUAGAAAAUAAUGCAGCAGAAAGAAUAAGCAGAGAGUUGGAUCCAUUGAAUGAAACAGCCAUUGAUCAGAGAAAACAAACAAGACCACUAAUAGAGGAAGUCAUCAACAAACAAGAAGAAAUUAUGAUAUCCACAGUUCUAAGAGAAGACUGCACACAGAAAAACAGUGCACGUUCACUGGAAAAUUCAGAAGUAUUUCCUGGAAAUCUAAAUCCACAAUGUUGGUCAGCUGAAACAGAUGGAAGCAAUACUGAAGAAGAUAACAUGCAGAAUGCAGCAGCUUAACAGAACUACAUGGAAGACAACCAGCCUCGAAGCAGAGAACACAUUUCUGACUGAAAAUAAAAAUGUAGACAGAAACCAGAGUAAGAAGAUCAGAGGUCUGCUUGAAUGCUGUAGAUAGACCAGUUCUGUGUUUGUUGAUGUACAUGUUUAUCAGUAAGGUGGGCUGAUCAAGGGCAGUCCUUAACAGCUUUGUGGACAAUAGUGAUAGAUACAAAAUGUCUACUGUACAGUAGAGAGCAAAGAUGAUUUUGAGUAAAAAUAGCAGUGUCCAUAUAGAUCUGGCAAAUUAACAAUAUUAAUAGGUCAGAUAAGCAUUAAAUGUUACCACCCUGUAUAGUAUUUCUUUCAUUUCUGUCUUUUUAGGGAUUCCUAACUUUAUGAAUUUGUAUAAUGAAGCUCCAUAUUUUAUCAGCAAAAUCUUCAGUGCACUAACUGAAUAUCUUUCAUGUUAUAUAGCCAUUGGAUGUCACAAAAUAAAAGAUUAUAAAAGCACAA